GAGAGAGAGAGACCGUUGUUAAUUAGAUACAGGAGUUCAUCAAACAUGGGAAGAUCUCCUGGAUCAGAUGAAACCGGUAUGAAGAAAGGUCCAUGGUUGCCUGAAGAAGAUGAUAAACUCAUCAGUUAUAUUCACAAGCAUGGCCAUAGCAGCUGGAGCGCUCUUCCCAAGCUCGCUGGUACUAUAUCCUUACACAAGUCCUUGAUGAAACCUAGGUGGUCGAUGAUUGCAAGCCACUUACCAGGAAGAACAGAUAACGAGAUCAAGAACUUCUGGAACACUCAUUUGAAGAAGAAGCUGAUUCAGAUGGGUUUUGAUCCCAUGACUCAUCGUCCAAGAACCGAUGAUAUCUUCUCGAGCUUAUCUCAGCUCAUGUCUCUGUCUAACCUAAGAGGACUUGUUGAUCUUCAGCGACAGUUUCCAAUUGGAGACCAAGCUUUUCUGAAUCUCCAAGCUGAGAUGGCUAAGCUUCAGCUCUUUCACUACCUUCUUCAACCUCCUCCUCUUCCCAUGAGCAAUAGCAGUAGCAGCAUUAGCCCUAAUGAGUUAAACAUUCUCAAUCUCCUCAUCAAAGAAAACUCCAAUACCAUUAAUCUCGACCAAGGUCUCCUCAAUUCUUGUCUUCAAGACUUCAGCAGCAACCUCCCAUCCCUCAAAACCCUAGACGAGAAUCAUUUCAGUCAAAACAAUUCUCCACUAUGGCUCCAUGAACCACAGAGCUUAACCCAAACUAUGUUGCCUUCUCAUGAUCCUUCCGGUCUGAGUGAUGAUAUGGCUCGGAGUGUAGAUGGUUUUGGCUGCAACCUGAAGGCUUCCUCAAACCAUGAUCAAGAAGGAGCAGCCACAGGCUCAGUAGAUUGGCCUGAUCUUCUCUUUGAUGACUCCAUAUUUCCAGACAUUCCUUAUCAAUCUUGA